GACAACAGGAUGAAUCGUGUGGAUCUGAAGCUCUGCCUUCUCCUGGCAGUGUGUGUCAGCUCUGUGCUGAGCUGCAGGUGGACCAGUCAAACUCAACGAAGUCAAUCAAAGUUUCGGCACCAUCAUGGAAUCUCUCUGGAUCUGAUCAGAACGAUGGGUGAGAAAAUCCAUAAUGACCACGAGGACAUCAACCCUAUCCCAUAUGAGCUGAUCAAUAACCACAGAAGAGCAGAGCCUGAGAAGCAGAUCCUGUUUGUCAUCCAGGCUCUGGUGGAGAUCACUGGCCUCUUCGACGACGCCGUCGUGCCCUGGGAUGCUAAAAAAUGUGAUGAUUUCUUAAACAUCGUCCAUUCGCAGAUUGACGGACUGCGCUCAUGUGGCGUUUACAAAAUGAAGAGGAACAAAAAGCUGCAUCUCUAUUUCGAAAGAUUGAGACACAUGACAGAGCUGAACAAGGAGGAUGGAGGUAAAAGCUGGGAGAUCGUCAGGAAACGGGUCAUAAGUCUCCUGAACCAGCUGGAGUCUUUCCCCUUCAACACUCAGGCUCACUGACUGGACUUCCAGAAGCUGCGCAUUUACA